UCGAUAACUGUACAUCGUGGGAGUAAUCUCACGCGUUGCUCAUUCAUUUUGCACUUUGAAAUUAACGUAUCUUCCACCUUUUUAUUUCCCGCGUGUAUCAAAAAAAAAAAAUAUCGUCACGCCUUCUAGUGCCGCGAUAAGCGAAGGCAAUCUUAUUGGCAGUGAACCAGCGAAUCCGGUCGAACUGAUAACGGAUCGAAACGCGUAUUUAUCGAGGAACCCCCUACGAAGCGCAAUUAUCAUUCUCGAACCAAUAGACGCCCGCGGAGUUUCCCAGCAGCGUUAAUUUCCCAUCCCAGUAGUGCAUUUGUUGUGCUGUUUCUUCACAAUGUCGUGGUAUUAUACGCCUAAACCGACGGUCGUGCCGGCGGAAGAGUUUGAUGCGUCCGCGGACGCAAAUGCACUUCGCAAGGCCAUGAAAGGAUUCGGCACGGAUGAGCAAGCGAUCAUCGAUAUUCUGUGUGCGCGAUCGAAUGCCCAGCGACAGGAGAUCUCGGAAGCGUUCAAGCGAGAACUUGGCCGCGAUUUGAUUGCUGAUCUCAAGUCGGAACUCGGGGGGAAGUUUGAGGAUGUCAUUCUCGCCCUUAUGCUGCCCCCGGAGGAGUACCUGUGCAAGCAGCUUCACAAAGCGAUGGACGGUAUUGGAACCGAUGAGAAGGCGCUGAUUGAAAUUAUUUCACCGCAAACGAACGAUCAAAUCAAAGCCAUCGUUGACUGCUAUGAGGAGAAGUACAACCGGCCGCUGGCGGAGCAUAUCUGCUCGGAGACCUCGGGCAGCUUCCGCCGGCUGUUGACGAUGAUCAUCGUGGGAGCCCGCGAUCCGCAGGGAACCGUUGAUCCGGAGCUGGCCGUAGAGCAGGCCAAACAGUUGUACGAUGCCGGCGAGGGAAAGCUGGGCACGGAUGAGGAGGUAUUCUACAAGAUUCUGGCUCACGCCUCCUUCGACCAACUGGAACUUGUGUUUGAAGAGUACAAGAGUUUGUCAGGACGCACGAUCGAGCAGGCACUGAAAGCGGAACUGAGCGGUGAGCUGUACGAUGCACUUAGUGCAAUCGUCGAGUGUGUCCAGAUGGCCCCCCAUUUCUUCGCCAAACGCCUUCACAAGGCCAUGGAUGGUAUUGGUACGGAUGAUGCCACGCUCAUCCGGAUCAUCGUUUCGCGCUCCGAGAUCGAUUUGCAGAACGUGAAGGAUGAGUACGAGCAGAUGUACAACAAAACGCUGCUGAGUGCAGUAAAGGAUGAAACAUCUGGAGACUACAAACGCGCCCUUUGUGCCUUGAUCGGAAAUGCCUAAUCGUCCAUAGCAGCAACCCAAGCACAAUGCAUCCGUUUUAUGUGUAAAACUGUUUCAUGCCAAGCAUAUUGCGUUCUAUUGGUUGGUUCUACAUUUCGCUGUAUCGGUGUCCACUAACGUUCUCUUGAAUAAAUCACACGAAACCUA